AUGCUCGUCAGAAAGCACAAGGCUCAAUUUGACGACGCUCCUCCCCAAGAUCACGCGCCAACAAAGCGUCGAACUGCGCCUCAACUCAAAGACGAUGGCCAGAGUACCACAAAUUGUGUUGCAAGCCACAAGCACUUGAAAACACAACGGAAGGGCGAUGUAAGGCUUGCCAAAAGAAGGGUCAUAAACACUGCCCCUAUUCAACCUUUGGAGAUUUAUUGCUUCGGAGGAGGAGAGGCUGGCGAGCUCGGCUUUGGCGGCCAAAAAGGCACAUUACGGAUAUCCCGGCCCCGGUUUAAUCCGCUGUUGACCCCGGAUCGAGCUGGUGUUGUGCAAUUUUCCGUCGGCGGAAUGCAUACUGCUGCCAUCACCUCCGACAAGAAGAUUUUGACCUGGGGCGUGAAUGAUUUGGGAGCCCUUGGGCGAGAUACAACAUGGGAAGCUCCAGUACGCGAUAUUUCAGAGACCGAUGGUGUCAAUUCGGGAUCCGACGAUGACAGUGAGGAGGAUGAAAUCAAUCCAUUCGAAUCUACACCCACCGAAAUCGACCUUACAGCACUUCCGGGAAGACCUACUUUCACUCAGGUGGCAUGCGCAGAUAGUUCUACCUUCGCCGUUACUGACGAAGGCUUAGUCUAUGGCUGGGGAACUUUCAGAGGAAAUCAGGGAGUUUAUGGGUAUUCCCCAAGCGUGGAGGUUCAGAAAAAACCCGCACUCGUUCGAGGCCUACAGAAGAUCACGAAGCUGUGCUGUGGCGAAAACCAUGUCCUGGCAUUGGACGUGCAAGGACAAGUCUAUACUUGGGGCUCAGGACAACAAAACCAGCUCGGGCGUAGACUCAUUGAAAGACACAUGGAUCAAAAACGCAGCUUGACGCCUGAGAAGGUCUGGCUGCCUAAAGGGAUCGUCGAUAUAGGCGCUGGACAGUUUCAUUCCUUCGCAGUACACCAAAAUGGAGAUGUCUAUUCCUGGGGGCUCAACAAUUUCGGGCAAACUGGCCAACCUCUUCGACAAGAUGAAACAGGUUCAGAUGCCCAUCUACCCCAAAUAGUGAAAUCACUGCAACAGAUUGGCAAAAUCAUUUCUGUCACAGGUGGUAAUCAUCACUCCCUGGCAAUCACAGAUGGUGGCGAGUGCCUGGCUUGGGGACGAGUCGACGCUGGCCAAACGGGACUCAAACUUGAUCGACUACCGCCUCAGCACUUGGUCCUGAACUUUCGAGGCCACCCAAGGAUUUUGACUGUGCCAACUCCCGUGCCGGGCAUCGACGCUGUCUUGGUUGCUGCAGGGACUGAUCAUUCUCUUGCCCUAAGUCGUGAGGGAAAGGCGUAUUCUUGGGGCUUCAAUGAAUACUGUCAAACAGGCGUCAGCUCGGAGAACCAAGUCGACGAAGCUACCAUGCUGGACUCGAAAGCGAUCAAGGAGAAAAAAGUGGUUUGGGCAGACUGUGGUGGACAAUUCAGCGUGAUUGCGACGCUGCCUGGAACCAUCAAUCACUCGACGACAGCCAACGGGAUUAACGGACAGAUGUAG